AUGAAAAUAUAUUUUUCAACCCAUUAGUUUAUUAAAUUAAUGUAAAGGAUGAAAAAUUUGAUGAAAUAAAUAUAAAUGAUAUAAAUAUUGAAUUAUAAUUAUCGAUUAAAUAAGAAUUAUACUUAAAGAAAUACAAUUAGAAAACUAAUAGACUUACGAAUUUAAUGGAAAAGAAAGGCUAUUUAGUUAUAUUUUGAAUGAAGAAGAUGAUUUAGAAAUUAUUUUAUUAAGAAAUAGAAACAAUGAGUAUUUAUAUCAUGAUAAGAAUUACCUAUAAGAUGGUGAAAUUAUUAUGAAUAAAAACUAAUUCAAAUUAAGUCAAAUAUUUCAGAUUGCUUUUAACUACAUAAACUUGAUUAAUAAACCUAUAUUAUUUAAUGUAAGUCUAAUUAAAAUAGUACAAUAAUAUAAAUUCUGA